AUGGGUAGUCCCGAGGCGCGGUCCGAUCCGAAAGAACCAAAGAACGAGGAGGAUACAGAAGAAGCAGCACAAAGCCGCAAGGAAAAAAUUAACGCUCAAGCAGGUGAACUUAUAGCCAAAGCUGAGGCUGCGCAAGAAGAAGCAAAGAAGCAUUAUGACCUUGCGGAAAAGGCACAGGAUGCGAAAGAGAAGCAGAAGGAAUUAGAGGAGGCGAUGAAGAAUGAUAAGAUUGCAAAAGCUGCGUCUAAAGCGGCUAAGAGGUUGCAGAGCGGACCUUGGCAGGGAGGAGCUAUGGGUGUGGGAAUUGGAGCUGGAAUUGGGACCGGGGUAGGAACAGCAGUCGGUACUAUCGUGGGAGGCGUCACAUCAAUACCUACCACGCUUCUUGGAGGAAUAAUAGGUAUAGGCACUGGUGCUGCCCAUGGCCCGUGGUUCAAGAUUGGGAAAGAUGGGAAAAAGAAGAAAUUAGCAAGGAAGAAGUGA